GUUUAUUGAAAAAUUUGAAACUUGUUUUCAUGUUUUAAAUUAUAUUUAAAAUGAUUUUCUUAAAGCGGAUAAUAUCUGCAUCUUUAUAUCCGUCACAUCUGAUGCGACAACGAACAGUUUUGGCUAAUCUAUGGAUAUUAAAUAGUCAUCAUAAAAGAUUGCAAUCUAAUGAAACUGAUCGUAAUAAUGUUGAAGAUAAUAGUAAGCCGAUCCAAUAUACAAAAAGUAAAGCUUUUCGUUACAAAGCAUAUGAAAAUUUCAGAGAAAUUGAAGAAGAACCAACAGUACCGUCUUAUAAUAGCUUAGCUAUUCGACUAUCUUUCGCUAUAUUUUUUAUCUAUUUCAUUCUGCUACGUGAACCUAACGAUAUUGAUGAUUUAUUAUCAAGAGAUUUGUUUGAAAUUGUUCCCGAAUUAGAAAUACCGAUGCUGGAAGCAGAUAUAAAACGAUUGGAACAACAAAGAGUCAAUGUGGAUGAUUUGAAACAAAAAUUAAAUGAAUUAAAACGUUUAGAAAAAGAAAAGAAGCAACAAUCGUAGAAAUUUUAGAGUUAUUUGAUUCAUAUUUAUAAUAUCAAUAAAUUUGUUUAUUA